AUAACUUUGGGAGGCGAUGGAACCAUGCUACAUUUAUCAUCUCUUUUUCCCAAGGCUGUUCCGCCAGUAGUUUGUUUUUCAUUUGGUACAUUAGGUUUUCUCAUGUCCUUUCAAUUUAACCAAUACAAACGGGUAUUAAGUGAUGUUAUGGAAGGCAAGGUUUUUUUAACAUUGCGAAUGCGAUUGUUUUGCUCUCUACACGAAGCAAGCGGAAAGCGAAUCUCUAUUGACGGAAAAGAAGUGGGCAAACAAGUUAUGAACGAAGUAUCUUUACAUCGUGGACGAUACCCACAUCUAACGUCUAUUGGAUGCUAUGUAGACGAUAAUUUCUUGACAGAAUGUGUGGUAAAUAUAAACGGGCGUUUAAUCGUAGCAACACCCACUGGAUCAACUGCAUAUUCCCUAUCUGCGGGAGGUCCUAUUGUUCACCCGAGUGUACAGAGUAUUGUACUAACACCUAUCUGCCCCCGGUCACUUUCCUUCAGGACAGUGUUGCUUCCUCCGAGUGCAAAUAUUCAUAUGAAGAUCGGCGAGUCAAGUCGAAGUCAGAUCGAAGUUUCCAUUGAUGGACAAGAAAUAUUCAUGUUGGAAAAAGGUGAAUAUGUUCAGGUUCGAAUGUCAAAAUAUCCUAUCCCAUGCGUCACAAGAGCUGGCGAAGGAAAAGACUGGGCAAAUGAUAUUAAUGAGCUGCUAAAAUGGAAUCAGAACUUUGGUCGCAGUCUAUCAUAAAUACAGUAUUUCCUAUUCUGGCUUUUUUUUCUCACUUUCAUACAUAUACCUGUCCAUUCUACUACAAGUAUUAAUAUUAAAAUAGAGAUAUAUUAGCAAUUUCUGUAUAAAAUUAAAGCAUAUGUAUAUAAACAUGCCCUACGGAUCAAUCGUAGCUCCAGUCG